ACGAUUUUAAUAAAAAAAUAGAUGGAAUCAGAAUGACAGAAUGUUUAAUAAAAAAAUAUUGUAGAGAUAACAAACUUUAUGAAACGCCUUAUCUCAAUGAUGUUUUGUAUUUGCAUUACAAAGGUUUUUCCUUUAUCGAGAAUUUAGAUAAUUAUACUGGUUUAAAAUGUCUUUGGUUAGAAAAUAAUGGAAUUAAAGAAAUUGCAAAUCUUAAUAAUCAAACAAAACUUAAAUGCCUUUUCCUUCAUAACAAUUUAAUAAAAAAAAUUGAAAAUCUUGAAUAUUUAGAACAACUUGAUAAUCUUAACCUUGCAUAUAAUUUAAUCAAUAAAAUUGAAAAUCUUGAUUCUCUCAACUAUCUAACUAAUUUAAAUUUAUCUCAUAAUUAUUUAAAAACUUUAAAAGAUAUAGAGCAUAUUCGUUAUCUGGAUAGUGUUUCUAUUUUAGAUAUAUCAUAUAAUAAAAUUGAUACAGUUGAAGUAGUAAAUGUUGUAGGUGCUAUGAAAUCUCUUCGAGUACUAACAUUAAAAGGAAACCCUGUAAUUAAAUUUAUAAAAAUGUAUCGAAAAAGUUUAAUUUUGAAUUGCAAAUAUUUGCAACACUUGGAUGAUAAACCAGUGUUUCCGUGUGAUAGAGCUUGUGCUGAAGCAUGGAGCCGUGGUGGUCUUCAAGAAGAACAAGUUGAAAGACGGCUUUGGAUUGAAUGUGAUAAAAAAAAAAUUAACGAUAGUGUUAUAUGUAAACUGUUUUAA